CAGGCAUCAUUGCUAGUAGAAAAGACCACCUUGAGCCACAAAACGACGCGAUUUCCCGUUGUUAAAAGAUGCCUUUCUGCCUGAGGCAUCUUUCCCCAUUGGCCCAAGCUCCCCGACCCGAAGCGGUAAGCGUGAGAUCAAGACUGUUGUCUGUUUUGAUUCCACACGCCGUCUUCCAUCACUUCCCCCCACUCCCUCUAUUGCCUGAGGGUUGAUGUCACAGAUCUUCACCAACGAUAGCUCAAGUUAGUGAAAAUGGCAUUGCCGCUCCCCGAAGUUCAGUCCGCGUUGGACUGCGCUUCCUUCGAACACACCGUCCUUCCCUUUCUUUCGCAAUUGACCACUCUUCCCGAAAAGCUUCAGGUUGCUGUGGUAGCGAAAGAUGUUGCCGGCUUGAAAGAUAUCUAUCUCUCCACCAACCCUUUCAUUACAGCACUUGGCUUCUGUCUAGCUUUGUCUGUAUUUUUCCUGCUUUUUUCCGAGAUAUCACGGAACUAUUCUCAAGUUGAUCGCUUUUGGCCCAUCCUGCCCGCUAUCUACAAUGUGCAUUUCGCCGUCUGGGCGCACCUGUCUGGACUUCGCACCCAACAUCUGGAUACGCUCGCCGCUAUUACCCUUCUCUGGGGUGUCCGAUUGACAUUCAACUACUGGCGCAGAGGAGGCUACAAGAUCGGCUCAGAAGACUACCGUUGGGCAAUUGUGCGCUCAAAGGUCAACAACCGAUUCGUUUUCUUCCUCUUCAACAUUGUCUUCAUCUCUCUCACUCAGUCUCUGCUGCUGUUACUCCUCUCGGCACCCACCUACAAUUUCCUCCUUCUGUCGCGCCUCCCUGGCGGGAACUCAUUCGAGAUCCCCGAUCUAGUGUUCUCUCGCGUCGCCUUCUUCUUCAUUAUCAUCGAAUACUUCGCCGAUCAGCAGCAGUGGAACUUCCAUUGUGCCAAGCAUGAAUACCAGAAUACGGCGCGCAUCCCUGAACAGUACAAGGGACAGUUCACGCCCGAGGACCUGGAACGCGGCUUCACCGUCAGCGGUCUGUGGUCUCUGUCUCGCCAUCCUAACUUCCUCGCCGAACAGGCCAUAUGGCUGACGCUGUAUCUGUGGAGCUGCUACCGCACCGAUUCAUACGUCCAGUGGACCGGUCUUGGUGUUCUAGGCCUUUUGUUAAUCUUCCAGGGAAGCACUCGUCUUACCGAAUCUAUUAGCUCCAGCAAAUACCCUGAAUACAGCGAAUAUCAAGCUCGUGUUGGACGGUUCAUUCCUCGCUUGUCUGCCAAGCCCAAGUAUAAGGGCAAGGCUAAGAAGAAGGCCAAGAAGAUUGAGCAGUCUGAGGAGGGCAAGAAGCAGGAAUGAGAUGUUACAGUUAUAGAAGAGUGUUGUGAUGUGCUGUGUUGACUCUAUAUAUCGGUCAUAUGAUACCAGUGUUUGUUUGGUCUAGGGGUUCUGAUCACACGUUGUAUAUUGAAAAAACCUAGUGUGUUGGCGUUAUUUUUAUCUUGGUUUUGCGAAGUGUGUUAAAGCAAUUUGUCCUUUCAAUCUAAUACGUAGCCUGAAACUUUACACGGGUCUACAUACUUUCGAUCAUUGCAUAGAUGGCCUAUAUUAUCGAGCUUUUGUGAUACUAUUCGUAUAAAUUUGUUUUACCGACCGCUAAGCUCGAGAUAGGUAUAAGAAAGAAGAGUAAAAUGAACUACCUACUAUACAGUACAGUACACCGGAUGCUC